AUGUCCGAUAGUGAUUUGAAACAAUAUAUUAUUGGUUUGAAAUUCAUGAAUAAAAUAUUUUUGAGUAUACCAAAAGAAAGUUCAAAUGCUGAACAACUUAUGAAUGAUUUAAACCCAAGACGAAAUACUCAGGGACCGCGAAAUGAAUUAAUAAAACAUUCAGUUCUCUGUGAAUAUAUUAUAAAAUAUCCAACAUCAGCACUUGCCAUUGAAGAUCUAUCAAAAUAUCCAAAUGAAAAAGAAGUACUCAUUCUACCAUAUGCAUCAUUUGUUGUAAAACAAUUACAAAAACCAUCAAAAGAAGGUGAAGUAAUUCUUUUCUCAAAUGAAAAGUAG